GAUCGGUAGAUCUUAUGAAGGGGGCCUAAAUACGAAAUUUAACGCAUUUUGUCGUAUCACCAACUAGUCUUCUGAACUUGAGCUUUUGAUAGAAUGUUCAAUUCAAAUAUAUAUAGUAAGGUCGGCCCAGCUAGCUGUAGCGAUGAAGAUCUAAAAUGUGAAUGAGCAUCUACGUUAGUAUAAGUUUAUUCCGUUUUUAUUCUUCAUUUGUCUCGUUUUAUAUCAUGUCAGCUUUUGAAAAACAUUGAGAUUUCAGUUAGCCUAGAAAUAUAAAAUAAUUUGAUGAGAGAGAAUUUUUGAAACAAUACUUCUAACUGGGGCUCUAAUCAAUGGGGGUGCUAGGCUUUUGUCCCCUUUGCAUCCCUAAAAUUCGGGCCUACCCAUACCUCGGCGGAGAUGUUUGCACAAUACGUGACUUGCUCAAUUUUCCACCGGACGAUUCGAUUUCAAUAGUUUCCGUAACCCGUAAAUUUUCCCGCGUAUCCUUUUUAUAGCGUUCAAAUUUCCAACGCUGGUUAGCUGGGGAGUUCAGCAAUAAAUAAAUAACCGUCUCCAUAUGGACGAACUUGAUGGGCGACGGUGGAGUGGUCCAGGGGAAUACUCCGCUCGUAUUUUUAGAGCUCCGAAGCGACUGAGUUCAGUCACUCCUAGGAUGCGGUUCGUUUCGGUUCAGUUUCAGCUUUUGCAGCGCUGUAAAGGAUAUCCAUCCCCCAUCUAGUAGACAGAGAACCUCUAAAGUGAUUCAAAAAUUGAGCUCAGUGCCUUUUGCAUUCACAGCCUGCUUUUCCGAUCGAGGUCUGACCGAAUCGAUUGAAAGUUGUGUCAAUGUCAGACGUCAAAAUGUUACGUGAAAUUAGUUGAUCGUUUGAAGGAAGUUUUUAGGUUAGAUUUGACUGGGCUACCACGUGACCGCAGAUUUGUUUAACUUCAAAUGCAAUUCAACUUAUUUUGAAGUUAUCGCUAACUGUGUAAGUGAUACUAAUUCCUUGUGGUGAUCUAAACGAUGUUACCUCGGCGGGAUAAUCGAAUCAAUAAAUCAGCGAAACAAACGGCGCGCAAAAAGGCGUCCAGUGAAGAUGAGUCCAGUGAGGAGGGAUCGUCCAGUUCCGGAUCGUCGUCAGAUGAUGGCUCCAAUUCGAGUUCCGGUUCCGACUCGGAAAUGGAUACCACCGAGACGUCGUUCUCGUCGAAAAGUGCCACCGAAUGCGUCGGAAGCAGCAAACAGCAGGGAUUACUUAAGGUUAACCAUCGGUCCUACACGGUGUACUGUGAUACGGCCAGGAAUUCGAAGAACUUCUGCCACGGCAGCAUCGGUGAACCACUAAUGGAAGAUAUCAAGAAGGAUCCCAACGUUCUCCCGCUAAAUGAUACCCGCCUUACCGUCAGGCCGCCAAUAGUAGUUUCCCCCGUUCACUUCAAAUGCUCAACGGAUUCCCACUCUAUAUCGUAUGUUUAUUAUGUUGAUAUUUCUUUUUGCAGUCACAAUAGAAAAACUCGCGCCAGAAACGAGCACGUUGUACAUAGAAACAAGAAAUCGAAACGAAUACCGCCAAUCAGUAUUUGCAUAUUGAACAGCCGCUACGAUAUCAUACCGCGGAUAUGCCGCAGGCUCGGUUAUCGACUGGUGGCCGAGAAUGAGCUGUGGAACGUGUGCUGGACGGAUUCACUGGUGGGGGUAGACUUCUGUCGGGACAUGAGGCGCUUCCAGAAAAUCAAUCACUUCCCUGGAAUGUUCGAAAUCUGCCGCAAGGACCUGUUGGCACGGAAUCUCAGCCGGAUGCAGAAGCUGUUUCCGACCGAGUAUCAGAUCUUCCCGAAGACAUGGGUCUUUCCGGCUGAUUUGGGUGAGGCGAUAGCGUACAGCAGGACGCACCGGAGUAAAACGUACAUUUUGAAGCCAGAUCAGGGAUCUCAGGGAAGAGGGAUAUUCUUGACGAAGAACCUGAAGGAGAUUAAUCCUCGGGACAGGAUGAUUUGUCAGGUCUACAUCCAUCGGCCUUUGCUGAUCGACGGCUACAAGUUCGACCUGCGAGUCUACACCCUCGUAACGUCUACCGAUCCUCUUCGGAUAUUCGUUUACAAGGAAGGCCUGGCACGCUUUGCAACGUACAAAUAUCGGGAGCCAUGCAUCACAAAUACCUCGAACAACUUCAUGCAUUUGACAAACUACUCGGUGAAUAAGUAUAGUAGAUGCUUCUCAAAUGACGAUGAGGCCGGUAGUAAACGAAGAUUCGCUACGCUGAAUCGAAUCCUGACGUCUGAGGGGUACGAUAUUGCCGAACUGUGGAACAACAUCGAUGAUGUGAUAGUAAAAACCAUUCUUAGUGCGUGGCAAGUCCUAAGGCAUACGUAUCAAGCGAGUUUCCCAACGCACGACAUAAUACAGGCAUGCUUCGAGAUCCUUGGUUUCGACAUUCUGAUCGAUCAUAGACUGAAGCCGUACAUCCUGGAAGUCAAUCAUUCUCCUUCAUUUCACACGGACGAGGCCAUCGAUAAGGAAAUCAAGGAAGCUCUCAUCCACGACACGUUUGUGAUGCUAAACCUCAACGGCGAAGUCAAGAAACGUGUUCUGGAGGAAGACAAACGCCGAAUACAGAAUAGACUGCUGCAAAGACUGCGCGAAUACUCCAAGAGCAAAGAGGCUAGCAAAGAGAGCAGUAGCGAUAGCAAGAACGGUGACGACGAUGAUCCCUCAGAAGAACGACUGGGACCAUGGGCGGAUCAAAUCACCUGGGAAGAGACCCAUCUUGGAGGAUUCCGACGAAUACUGCCAGUUCCGGGAGAUCCCGAUCGAUACGCACACAUCUUCCUGGCGCAAACGCAAGCAUCGGUGUACAACGAGACGGCAGCGAGCAAGAAGCGCGAGGAAUGUGCCAAACAGCAACGGAUCGAACUGGAAGAACGCUACAAACACAAUCAAGCAAUGCUCAACAAAAACAAUCCAAAGGGACAGCAUCUGGGGAGCAAGGGGCUGUGCUCCAGCGAGGAUGGCGCCCUGGUGGUGAAGAAGAAAAAGAAGGUGAAACCGAAGGUGGUCAAGAAGAAGGACAACUACAGUCCGGACAGCAUUAUGGAGUACGAGGAGCGCGAGAGGAUGGCACUGCUGGCGCAGCGAGACUUCUUUAUCAGGACGUGCGGGUUGGUGCAGAAUAUCUAUCUCAACUUCAACCGGAACAAACUGCUGACCAUGUCCGACCAACGCAAGUACAAGGAACCUUUCGCCAAGCUGGUGGCGAACGACAUACUCCAGCAGGACCUUUGCAGCCAACAAUCGACCCAAUCCGGUACGACCACCUGUCUCCCGGUGCUGUCCAACCACUAUGGAAGCAGUACAGCUUCGCACUCGUCGAGCCAGAAACUGCACCUGAAGAGUUUGGUAACGAUCAGCGACACAACGUCCUGGAUGCAGUGCGCCGAAGUGACCCAACCGAGCAGACCUCCACUGCCCUAUCUGCUGGCAUCGCAACCGACCAACUACCGGAGCACCAAAUCCACCAUGGCACGGCAGGUCACCAAUGUGGUCAAGCGGCACAACAUGGACACUAGGCAGCUGUACUCGGCCUCCGAUAAGGUUAUCUAGUAUUGAGUUUGGGCGGAUAGCUCCUUGUGGACGGUUAUCUGCUCAGUCAAGCGGUUUCCCCAGUUCAGUUGUGCCUCCUUGCUGCCACUCACUAUGGCCGCCAUUCCGUGCAAAUUGCGUGUGCUUCGGUUGUACAAAGCUGUAAAAUUUAUGUUUCAGAGCCAUUUAAUCAAAUUCUGCCCGAGUUUAAAUUUACCAGUAAUAAAAUCUAUUGUGAGCUUUUGACCGGGA